GUACCGAUAUCCUCCUUUGCUUGAGACCUACAGACUACGUGUCCUACAAGAACUAAUCAAUGGUUUUUCAUCUAUUGGAGAUACAUUAGAACCAUAAAUAUGGUGCCAGAAGAACUCCUUUCUUUUCUCUGACUACGGUUUUAUCUGGAUAUAGUUUUGUAUUGAAGAGAAGUAUACAGAUUGAGACGACUCGGUGUGCAGAGAGAGACUCUGCUGUGUAGGACCAUGGACCAUCCCAGUAGGGAGAAAGAUGAGAGACAACGGACAGCUAAACCCAUGGCACAAAGGAGUGCACACUGUUCCCGACCAUCUGGCUCCACAACCUCCUCUGGGGUUCUUAUGGUGGGGCCCAACUUCAGGGUUGGCAAGAAGAUAGGGUGUGGGAACUUCGGAGAGCUCAGAUUAGGUAAAAAUCUCUACACCAAUGAAUAUGUAGCUAUCAAACUGGAACCAAUAAAAUCACGUGCUCCACAGCUUCAUUUAGAAUACAGGUUUUAUAAACAGCUCGGCAGUGCAGGUGAAGGUCUCCCACAGGUAUACUACUUUGGACCAUGUGGGAAAUACAAUGCCAUGGUGCUGGAGCUCCUCGGGCCUAGCUUGGAGGACUUGUUUGACCUCUGUGACCGAACUUUCACUUUGAAGACUGUGUUAAUGAUAGCCAUCCAGCUGCUUUCUCGAAUGGAAUAUGUGCACUCCAAGAAUCUCAUUUAUCGAGAUGUCAAGCCAGAGAACUUCCUGAUUGGCCGACAAGGCAUUAAGAAGGAGCAUGUCAUACACAUUAUAGACUUUGGACUGGCCAAGGAAUAUAUUGACCCUGAAACCAAAAAACAUAUACCUUACAGGGAACACAAAAGUUUAACAGGAACUGCAAGAUAUAUGUCUAUCAACACGCAUCUUGGCAAAGAGCAAAGCCGGCGGGAUGAUUUGGAAGCCCUGGGCCAUAUGUUCAUGUAUUUCCUUCGAGGCAGCCUACCCUGGCAAGGACUCAAGGCUGAUACUUUAAAAGAGAGAUAUCAAAAAAUCGGUGACACCAAAAGGAAUACUCCCAUUGAAGCUCUCUGUGAAAACUUCCCAGAGGAGAUGGCAACCUACCUACGAUACGUCAGGCGAUUAGACUUCUUUGAAAAACCUGACUAUGAGUAUUUAAGGACCCUCUUCACAGAUCUCUUUGAAAGGAAAGGCUACACCUUUGACUAUGCCUACGAUUGGGUUGGGAGGCCUAUUCCUACCCCAGUAGGGUCGGUUCAUGUAGAUUCUGGUGCAUCUGCAAUAACUCGGGAAAGCCACACACACAGGGACCGGCCAUCACAACAACAGCCUCUACGGAAUCAGACUGCACCGUCAGAGCGCCGAGGAGAGUGGGGGAUCCAGCCCAGCCGGCAGACCGAUGCCUCAUACCUGACGUCUCACUUGGCUGCAGACCGCCAUGGGGGAUCAGUGCAGGUGGUUAGCUCGACCAAUGGAGAGCUGAAUGUGGAUGAUCCCACGGGAGCCCACUCCAACGCACCGAUCGCAGCUCAUGCCGAGGUGGAGGUAGUGGAGGAAGCUAAGUACGUUUGUCUUUCAAGGGGGCUCCUGAGUCAUAGGUUGAAAAAUCUUUUCUCUGUUUCUUCUGUGUGCUGCUCAUAUCAGACUGGACUCCUCACGCUUGUGUCCAUGGCUUUCUUCCUUUGACCAUUUUGGUUUUUGCAUGGUGCCUUAAGCUGCUGCUGCCCUUCUUUAGCUGUGAUUUCUGGGAAGACAGUCAUGUUUUUCUAUUCCAUGUGGGGCAAAAUACAUAGUGACCUAAGAGAAUCAUGAUUUAAGAGCUGUAACAGACAGUAGGCGGGAGACUUGGGGCCCUGGAGCUUCUUGCUCCCAGUGGGACACAAUAAAAUCUGCUUAUCCGAACAGUGGGCCAUGCUGAAUGGCACACACAAGCUUUCUGGUUCUCGGCUAACAACUCUGCGUGGGGAGUUACGGAGCAAGGAUUUCAGGGCCAUUUGUUCUCACUUAAAUGAUUCUGGUCAGAGGGACUCAGGUAAAUCAGGCAAGAGAGAGAGACUUGGAAAGGAGAGGAAAUCGCACCAAUCCCAAGAGGCUGAGGAGGUCACCCCACUCCCUUUCUGCCUCCCUUGCACGUGAAUGCCUUAUGCUGCCCAUACCACCAGCCCCUUGGUGUUUUCUGCAUGGUGUGUGUUUAAAUGUGUGUUUAGAAUAUGCAAUAAAAGGUGAGCUAACAGCGAUUCUGCUGCAAAAGCAGCAUUUCUAUCGCUUUUUUCCCUUUUUGCCUUAUCCGAUCCAGAUUUAAACUCCAAGAAAACAUGAGGUAGGGAGAGAGAAGUCCUUUACACAUCAGGAACUUCUGCCAAACCUGAUAUGGAUGGCCUUUCUUUUUUUUUUUAGUUUUUUUAUUUUGAUAUCAUUAAUGUGCAAUUACUUGAACAACAUUAUGGUUAUUAGGCUCCCCCCAUUAUCAAGUCCCCUGUGGAUGGCCUUCCUUGUAAACCCUUUGAGAACAUUCAGGCUAUCCCAAUUUCUUUUUCUCAGAAGUAGGCGACUUAUUUAUCAGGACAGCGUGCUCUUAAGUGGCCGCUUGCCUCCCCAGUAGCCUAAAAACAAACCGGAACACGCUUGUCCCUCUAGGUGUCAGGUGGUGAGAGGCCAGUGUGCACUCCUCCUUCUGGAUGCUCUCUGCGUGGCUGUCCCCCUGCCCCCUCCUCCUGUUUGCUUGCCGACCUAUAUGAUAAGCUCACUUUGCUUUCAAAGAGGUCCUUUCCUUGGAAAGCCAGGACUUGAAGCCCUCUACCCAGUAGAUAAAGAGCGACCAAGGGUGACCUGGACUCUCUCCUGUUGAGUCUCUAGGCAGCUUCAGAUGCUCCCCUCCCAGUUUAUAGAAGGCAUAUUUGGGAUACAUGAGGAAGGUGGUGGGGGAUGCAGGGUACAGGGGUUAAUGCCAGGAGGAGACCAUUUUUAGUAAGGAAACCUACUCCCUGUUCUUCGGGACUUCUGAGAUUUUAAUGGUACUCACAGUUUUCCAGUUUCCAUGAUAAACCUUCAUUCUCCAACCUUGGCUGCAUUUUGGAAACACCUAGGGUAUGUUAGAAAAUAUGAAUGUCUGAAUCCUAGUCUAGAGAUUCUGAUUUAAUUUACCUGAGACAUGGUCAGAACAUCAGGAAUUGUGAAAGCUCAGGCGAUUUGAAUGUGUAGCCAGGAUUGCGAACAUCUGCACUAGGCUUAGUCUGACCCAAAUGUUGCAUGGGCUUGAAAGAUGGCUGUGCCCGUUCCCACCCCCCACCUCACUUCCAGUUCACUGUUCUGGCUAUUACUUCGAAGCCUAGACGUUUAGCUCUGGAUUGAAUAGUAUAUUUUGAAUACCAGGAUUGAAUGGGCUUCAGUCUUAUAAUAUGCCCUCAGGUUUAUCUUUUGAACCCAUUCACCUCAUUUCAUUUUGGUAAAUGUGUACACUAAUUGUGUAUGUGAGUGUGGUGUUUAUGUCCUGUGUGUAAGGUAGGGGGGCUGUUCACACAGAUUUCAAUCAGGUGUAUUCUGUCCUGGGAUAAUCCAAACUCUAGGAUGUAAAAAGAGUUUAAAGUCUACCCACUUAGUAAAAAGGACUACUGUGCCUCUUGGCCACCAGCUCCAGGCUUGCGCCUUCUGAAAUGUGUGGAAACCAGACAGGAGCAAGUGUCAUCCAAAAGCUUAAAGCAUAGGGCAUUUUGUGUGCUGAUUCCCUUAGUGAUCCCAUGAGCUACCAACCCAUCUGCCCAGCGAACUGUCCGAGCACAGCCAGGAGUUUUCUGCUGUCCUCUGUGUAUGAGGCAGGCAUGUGUUCCCCCGCUUGGCCAUUUUCAUAGGAAGAAGUCACAGCUAGAGAAGCACGAGACAUCCCAUACAACCAACCCCUCAUUGCACGCAGCUGUGAUGCCAUUUUUCCAUGCAGCCUGCUUGUGGGGAAAAGGGGGCUUUUGCCUAUGUUAAGGUUCAUCUGGGGUAGUGGGAAGAAUAUGUGAAAUCUGCACUUCCAAGCUUUUCAUUUGGGAUUCCUCACCCAGAUUGUUUUGUGUAAAGAGGAAAGAAAUAACAGAGUCUUGGUUUUUGUUCUAUAUCCAAAAUGAACAUCUAACUUCCCUUUUCCUGUAGCUGUAGGACUCAUGUCCUUGUUGGUGUGUGAUUAAAAGGGUGGCAAGGCAAGGCAACUUUUUGGUUGAUUUUUAUUAUGGUAAGAACACAGGAAUUUUUGGUUAUCCACUGACUUUAUAACUUAGCAAAUGUAGACCUCAUUUCUCCCGAGAAUUAAUAAGAAUGGGAUUUAGGCCAUUCUCAGACAGCUCUGUCUGAAUCCAGAGCAGUGACCCUUCUUGCUCUGAUUCCUAUCCUAGUAAGAUAAUGUGUCUCGUAAGCCUUUUUCCACCUAUAGAUGAAGAGCUAACUGCUGCCAGCUGCUUUGGGUCAGGCAUGUUGGACUCUCAGAGAGGCCUGGGACUUCUCUUUCCCUCAGAGUAGUUGGGAGGAAACUUAACAUUACAGAGUAAGACUUCAAGUGGGAACCAAAAUGUCUCGGCCUUGGUUUUUGAUUGAAUUCCCACAGGCAGGAUCAUGUGCUCUUUCUCCUGCUGCCUUCCUGGGAAUUGCCUAGGAAAGCCCACCGGGGCUCCCGCCAGCUCUUUGUUUUGACUUACCCCUCACUGAGAUCCGACUCCCACUCUGAUGCUUCUUUCGGGUGCUGGCCCCUCCACCAAAGUGUGGGGACCAAGUGACCCGGGCCUACUCACCCACCCUUGACAAAGGAAGAAACUAAACACAGACACAUACUGCAUGUUUGCAUGGCUCACAGGGAGUCGCUUCCAUCUCACCUCUGUGGACUAAUACUCUCUCUUUCUCUUCCUUUCUGUGUUUUUCCCUUUACACACUCUGUAGCUGCCUGAAAAUGCUCAACCUGUGGUGAGUCCCUCUCUCCAGUCCACACGCUAGGGGAGUGGACCAGACUGGGCUGGGAUUGGCAGUGCCCAACAGAAUGCCUCAGGAACACUGAGUGGCUUCCAUGUGCCGCCCUGUGCAUAGCCACCCAGACUGGGGAACUAGACCCACAAGUGGGGAUGGGGCAGGCCUCUGCCCAGGAAUUAAUCUGCCCCUUCUGCCUUUCAAGCCCACUUCAUCACUGCCUCCUCCUGUCAAAACACUAUCCCAGAAUGUCCAAAAUUUUCUCUUUAUUUUUAGCUAAGUGAAUUUUCUCCCAAAUUCAUGUAACCAGAUAUCAAACAGAGAGCAACAGAGGUAUGAAGAUAGGUUACUAUGUCAGAUCUUCAGGUUAUCCUCCAUAACCCCAAGGACACUUGUCAGAUAAUCUCUCAUUCUGCAGCUUGGUCUCCAAUGUGGAAAUUGGCUGCUUUGGAAAGAUCUGUGACUUUUCUCUGUGACCCAUUUGGUUCCUCCAUCUGUAGAAUAUGAGUCUCAAAACAAGAGAGCCCCUUCUGGAGGGAGAGAUGGGCGUGCUGUUUGACUGGUUUUGUUUGCUGUCUUCUUUCUCGUUUCCCUUCCUUCCCUCUCCCAUCUCCCUUCCCUCUCCCUCCUCUUUCCUUUCCCUUUCCCCGUGGGAGAGUAUAAUGGGCCAAGGGCUGACCUGGCUAGUGAGAGACCCUGGGAACCUAUCACAAGGUCCCUUGAACGCAUUCUUAGGAACAACAUGAGGGAUCUGGAAGGGGAGGCCCCAAAGAGCCCGUGUCUGCCGAGGCACACUCCUGCUGCGAGACAGGGGCCCCUCCCUGCUCUCUUCCUGGCCACCGCCUGUGACCUUCCGGCUGCUUCUGGGCUAGUUGGUCUGGAAUUGUAACUCUCGCACGCCGUCUGCAUGCGUGGUGUCGUGCUCUACAUGUGGGAACAGCCUGCUGGGCUCUGUGACUGCGGUGUUUCUAUUUGUCCUCAGUGACUGGGUUGGGCGUUGGUUUCUGAACUCUGUCUAAGCCAAGUACCUACAGGGUUUCCCCGGGAACAGGAGUGUAUGAAAGGUAACAGUUGGGAUUUAUGGAGAUAGAAUUUAUAGUCUUAUAGUAUCAAGCACAUGUGGCCUGUUCAGUACGUGUCUGUGUAAUCUGACAUUGUGGUGGUCUUUUUUCCUGUGCGAGUCAGUCCCAUGAUCCUGACUGCAAAUACUGGGCCUGCUGUGUGCUCCUCUGCUCUGUACUUGGAACUCCGGGGGGUUCCCAGAGAGCUUAGGUUCCAACGAGCUGGAGAGACAAGACACGCCUACUGGGAAGGACAAGUAGUUCUCCAGGACACUCAUGUUAUUGUCCCUCGAGAGGGCACUCUGAACAGGGAUAGUCAAGGAGGACUUGAUGGAUACUGUGGGGCCUGAGCCAGGUAAGAAUGUACAAGAGCAGCAAAAAGAGAAGAAGAACUGAGGGGAGAGAGCCAGGUCAAUGCAGGAGGCACCGUGGAAAGGCAGUGGCUCAGAGGCCUGGCAGAAGAGCGCUGAGUGGCUUGCCAGCAGGGACGCUGGAUCGAUUCUGACUCCGUCAUGCUAAAAACUUGUGAUCAUCCAAUCAAAGAAUCAACUAGAAGCAAUCCUAAGACACAAAAAGGUGCAUUACUCUCCAUCAUUCUCUUCUGAGAGGAAGGCAUCUCUUUGGAGCCAGUCAGUGGGCUUGGUCAGGAAUCUGACCCUGUUUAAUGCGUCCUGUUGCUCGUAGUCACCACAGAAGCUGAUGAGUUGAAGAGCACAUUGUGGGGCCUGCUUCUCCAGGGUAGAAAGCUUCUGCUACUGCUGAAGCUUUAACCACAGUUCCUACAAAAAUUAAUGUAGGGCUCUCAACCACAGUUCGCUCUCUCCUCCUGUCAGGUGGAUUCAGCCCUGCACAUCACAUUAUGACGUGCUUAUAAGCAGACAGUAGUUCUUCUUAUGACUUGACUCAGAUGUGGUAAAAGAGAAGUCAUAUAGUAUGGACCAAAACAGCAUUUCAGAAUUUUUUAUGAUUGUUCUUUAAGACACAAAGUCAUCAUUUUAGCAUCCUCAAAAAAAAAAAAAAAAGACUGGAAAUUGACUUAAUUAUUAGUGCUCCCUCUGGAAAUCAUGAUUAACAGGGAACAGAUGGACACCACUGAAAUAUUGGUGAAAUUCCCCAUGAGAUUUAAUUUGCUAUGUUUGACAUUAAUUUCAGGACAUUUGACUUGGAAAGUGUGUGUUUUCCAGAGCUUGUGUACAAAAAAAGACCAUUUUUUUAAAUUAAAGCCUUCACCUGGCACUCCAAUGAAGACUGUUUUAAAGUGUUGGUCUAAUUUUAUUUAAAAGAGUUUAUCCAGUCUCCAGAUACGUGUGACACUUUUAGUGACUAUACUCACACCCAUUAUAGUACUUCACAACUAUCGUUGACAUGCUUAGAAAACCUUUUUAAAACCCUCUUGAGCUCCCAUUUCUAAAAUUUCCAUGUUUUAUUCAUUCAGAUAUGGUUAAAGCCCAUCAUUGUCUGUAUAAAUGUCUAUUUCUGCAUUCUAAGAAACUGUCUCCAAAAUUUUAGUAAGUAGUCCGUUGGGUGAGGAAUACCAAAGGGUCUGACUAAAAAAUGGGGGAAUCUUAAUUGCAGUAGAGAAUUAGGGGUACGGGGAGUAAGCAACAGUUUUUUUAUUUCCAUGUGAAUAUUCCUGGCAUUAAACCAGGAAAGAUUAGGAAAGAAACCCAAAGAGUUUUCUCAGAAAAGCUUUUCUUUCAGGGGUCCAGCAGGUCUGAGUUAGACUUUACUUCCCUCCAUUAUUUGGCAUCUUUGACUCAUCCACCACCUCUGCCCCUCACAUUCACAUUUCCCAAGUGUCAGCUUCCUGGAAAGGACAUGUUUUGCACCAGCCGUGCCACAGGCCUCAACACCCACUUCUGGAGUAGUCACUGCCUAAGCAAGAGACGUUUCUGUUCCAAAGACAGGAAUAAGCAGGGGUACUCAGUCUUAGGGAUGUGCCAGGGCUGAAGGGGGCAGGCCUCACACCCUACCUGACCAGGGCUGUCCUUUCCCCAGUCUGGCACAGCAGCAGCAAUCUUGGGGGGCUACUCUGCAGCCAGAAUGCGCUUCCCGAUGAUCAGUUCCCAGGCUGUGGCACUGACAUCCUCCGAAUGAAGAGUGCGUGGUGCUGGUUUCAGUCUGAAGAUCUGGGCUCAUAGGUCUUCUAAAUUACAGUCAGGGCUUCUGCCUGCUGCAGGUUGCCUACGCCAGGAGGCUGGGUGGGGGGGCAGGGAUGCAGGAUGGAGAAAAUCCUCAAUUCUUCAUUGGUAGCAUCGCAAGAUCCUCCUGGAGUCCCAGCCAUGCUUUCCAUGGGAUUUGUGUGCCUUAGUUUAGUCUCCAUGCCCACUGGCCAUUCAAGUUGCAUUAAAUAGUUCUGCCUCCUAUAUCAAGGAGCAGACAAUGCAGCCUAUUUUUAUGCAACCCUGAGUAUCCCCCAACCUUAGAUCUAGAUAAACGUGAGAUACCUGGGUCGCGAGUUAGACUAGGAAAUAAGCCUCUUUCAUCCUCCUUCCAAACAUGCUUGUUACGCCUAUGCCUCUCCUGUAGGGUUUUGAUAACUAGGUUUGGUAGCUGCA